AUGAACCCUUCCAACAUCAAUGCUUCUUCUCUUCAAACCCAACGCAGCUCUUCUGUUUCUCCUACUACUACUGCAGCUCGUGUCUCCAAAACAAACACUUCUGGUGCUACAGGUAACGCAUCGAUACUGUCACCUCUACGUAGCUAUCCUAUGAAACGCACAAAAUGCACUUACCGUCGUUCUCCAGCGACUGUUCCUUUGAUUACAGCGGAAUUCGAAAAUAAGGAGAAUGUUUCAAAGAGCUCCAACGAUACCUCCGUUAAAUCUACAAAGCGUGCUCUAGCGGCCUCGGAUAUCAUGAACGAGACGACCCUGUUUGAUCUCUUUCAUACACCCAUGGGCGACGCGACCAUGGAUAUUACCGAACGCGUAAACAAUGAAUCUCGCCAGAGCAUGUAA